AUGUGUGUGUUGUUUGGAGGUCAAGAUGUUCUUGAUGUCGUUAAUGACAGUUACAUGGAGGUUGCAACAAAUGCAACUAAAGCACAAAGAAACACCAAUAAAGUAACUAGGAAUAAGGAUCAGAAGGCGUUGUUCUAUAUCCAUCAGUGUAUGGAUAUGAAUGUGUUUGAGAAGAUCGUUGAUUCAAUGACGAUGAAGGUUGUGUGGGACACAUUGGUACGGUGUUACGCUGGUGAUACAUUAGUAAAGAAGGUGAAACUUCAGUCUCUACGUAAGCAGUAUGAGAAUCUCAACAUGAAUAUUAAUGAGAAGGUACAUGAUUACAUCUCCAAAGUGAUUCUAAUCAUAAAUGAGAUGAAAUCUUGUGGACAGACUCUCACUGAACAAGUAAUCAUUGAAAAGAAGUUCAAGGUGAAGGCUAAAAAACAAAGUGAUCAGAAGUUGAAAAUUCUCAGAACUGGUGGUGGAGGUGAGUACAAAUCUACAGAGUUCAAGGAAUACAGUGAGGAGAAUGGAAUUGAGCAUGAGGUUACUUCUUCAUACACUCCUCGGCAUAAUGGUCUUACUGAAAGAAGAAACUAA